AUGAACAAACACGGCGGCUUCGUGUGGGUGCAGACGUGCGCCACCAUCAUCUGCAACGCCAAGAACGUCGACGACCAGAACAUCAUCGCCAUCAAUUAUGUCCUCAGUCAAAAAAUUGAAACAUUGAACAGUGGAAUCGAAUAUGCUGGCUGUGUCAUGAGUGUGGAACAGUACAGAGCCAACAUGAAAAGUGACGGGGGACACACCAGUGAAGAGUUUCAAAGUUUGGAUAAAACUUCAUACACGUCAGCAGGCGAAAGUUCGUUUGCAAGUCAAAACAUUUACAAAAACAACAACAUUGUCGCUAGUACUAACAUUCAACCAAAUUACUACGAUAAAGGCAAAAAUUUGUUUGAUCUGAGGUUAACACAGCAACAACCACAACAACAAGAACAACAACAAUCACAACAACAACAACCACUUGUUCCUAGCAGUAUCAAUUUAUCCUCUUCGUCGACUACGGCAACAAUUACUACAACAAUUACACCUACAAUCAACAGCGAGGAAAUAUCCAACCAGCCAAACAAACACUCAAAAAAUGUUGAUGCCACAGCUGCCAAAUGUUGCUUAAAAACAAAUCUAAAAAACUCUCGAAGAAAAAUGGACAAACCUCGUAAAAGAAAGAGAGGAGCAGCUGAAUUUGCAACUACAUCGACUGCAACAACCACAACUACUACCACAUUCACAACAAAUAUCUCUUCUGCCAACACCAUUCAAGAGCAGCCAGCCACAAAUUCGGUCAACAGUGGAGAUGCGCCUGAAGUACAUACAGGAUCGAUUGAUCCUGACAGCAGCAGUUUGAACAAUGAAUCCAACAAUCAGACCACAAAGCCAAACAACAAAACUAAUAAUUAUGAGAGCCCAUCAAACAACAACAACAGCAUUAUCAACAACCACAACAACAUCAACAGCAACAACUGCAACAACAACAACAGCAACAACAACAACAACAAUAUCAACAACAUCAACAACAACAACAUCAAUAGCAUUCCACAGGAAGAUACCGCGGCUGAUGGGGCUGCAUUAGUGAAUUUGAAUGAAAAUGCAGAUGGAUUGACGCCAGCUUCGAAUAGGCCAGAAAAUCAGAAACUAGUUCAUAUGAAUAUACCAACGAAUGCCGAUAAACAGCGAGAUCACAGCACAUCCCAAUUCUUUAAUCCGCAGCAGCAUUUCAACAACGUGCAAAAACCGAAUGAAAUCAUUUGUGCUUCUGAAAAAAUCACAAAUAGUACAAAAUGCAACAAUGAAGUAGUCGGUCAUUGCAACAAUAACAAAAACAUUAACAUCAUCAGCAACAACAACAUCAUCAGCAACAACAACAUCAGCAACAACAACAACAUCACAACCAACGACAGCAAAAACGUCAAUAAAAAGCUAAGCCACAAGAAAAUCAUACACGCUGGUAAGAAUGAUGAAUACUUCAACACAGAUGAAGGUGAGGCAAAGAAAGAAGAGACAAAACUACCCAAACAAGCAAUCACAAGUGUCGUGAACGCCGUUAAUAAAUCAGCCAACAACCCAAACAACAACAUAAACAACAACGAUUCUAACAACACAUCUAACGGCACAUCCAACAAUCCAUCCAUUAACGCAAACAACAGCACAACCAACAACAAUCUCAACGAUAACUCCUCAUCGCAACACUUGUCUGAAGCAUAUUCAUCGAGAAAAAGCAACAUGGGAGCUACAGUUCACGAUUUGGAAGCAGCCAUGAACAAACAUCUGCCAACGACUUUGAGUCCUCCAUCGACUUACACCACUUCCUCUACUGCGGCUGCCGCUCAUAAUUUUUUCACAUCUGGUUACUUUCAUCCCAGCGUUCUUGGAUUCCAAAAAUCAAAGUCUACAAUUCAGUGGAUAGGAGCUAACGGUGGAGGGAAUGGAGCGUUAGACGGGUCAAGUGGAAUGCACAAUUACCCCGAUCUAUCCUUAUUGAGGUCACUAUAUCCUGGAAGAGAGUCCGUCAUUCGAUCCAAUGUGUACGGCCACAGCAGGCAACAACAACAGCAUGUACAACAACAGCAACAGCAGUGUUACAGCGAGGCACACCAACAUCACCACCAGCAACAGCAACAACAUUCCUUACUAACACCUCCAGGAAGCGAAUCUUUCCAACAAAACUAUACAAAAUUUCAAGACCUGUCGAUUCCUUUUGCUGCAGGAUUCUCAAAUUAUUUCCACCCAAAUGGAAAUGGAGGAUACGCGGGAAGCAUGACUCAGUCUGAGUCAUAUUCUUCCGUCACGCCUCCAUCUUCGGCAUCACCACGUGACCAGAAUAAUUACGCAGCUUUGCAGUUGUUUGACCACUCCAGCAGCUUGAACGAGUCUACAAACGUGAGUUCGUUCGCAGGCAGCAGCAGCAGCAACAGCGCUCACGUGAGGGAACAAUCUUCUGACCCAUCGGUCUCUUUGAAAUCGCCAUCCACAUUCAAUCCUCAUCAUCACAACCAUCUUCAUCAGCAACCAUCCAUGCAUCCCAUCCACUAUCCAUCCUACGAUCCUUAUUAUUAUCAUCAGGCAGCCAACUUCAACAACAAUUACAACCAGAUGAGCAUGAUGUCUUACAACCACUACAUGGGGGGUGGUGCCGCUUCAAGUGGUUCCUAUUUAGAACCUAUGAAGAAUCUUUGGUAA